AUGGCGCUGUUUUUUACAGCCGACCUUCUCGCUGUAGCCAGCAUUGCUAUGCCUAACUGGAUUGUUUCAGAGAUUGGGGGUGCCACUUCAAUUGGCUUACUGAAAACCUGUCUUACUAUCUAUGAACGUCCAACUGUUUGCUAUAAUCCUGAGCCACCCCGAGCAGAAUGGUUCAUCACUUUUAUUUGUAUAGUGCUUGGCAUUGGAGCAAUUACUGCUACCAUACUGUUGCUUUGGUUUUCAUUUUGGUACUACAGAGCAAUUAAAUUUGCUCGAUGGCUUGGUUUUAUUGCAAUGAUACUGUUUUGCAUGGCAGCUGUCAUCUUUCCUAUUGGAUUCAACAUGGAUCAAAUUGGUGGCCUCCCCUAUCAACUGCCUCACAAUUUUCAAGUUGGAAUCUCCUACAUAUUUUUUGUCCUUGCACUCUGGAUAACUGUUGUUUCUGAACUUUUUGUUGGCAAAGUCUGCUUGCCUCAUUUGUAA